AUGGCUUUCGUUUUACCUUCGAAAGGAAUUCUCCAAAGCGAGGCGCUCAAAAAGUACAUAUAUGAAACUAGUGCAUAUCCUGGGGAGCAUGAGCAACUAAAGGAGCUACGAGAAGCAACGGCAAAAAAAUAUGGCAACUUAAGUGAGAUGGCUAUACCAGUUGAUGCAGGGCGUUUCCUAUCAAUGCUUAUGAAAAUCAUGAAUCCCAAGAGGACUCUGGAGGUUGGUGUCUUUACAGGCUAUUCUCUCCUUUCCACUGCACUCGCCUUGCCUAAUGAAAGCCAGAUAACAGCGAUAGACAUGGAUCGAGAAGCUUAUGAAGUUGGAUUACCAUGCAUUCAAAAGGCUGGCAUGGAGAAUAAAAUCAAAUUCAUUCAAGCAGAUGCCAUCUCAGUUUUAAAUGAAAUGCUAAACAAUGAUAUGCAGCCAGAAUUUGACUUUGCGUUCGUAGACGCUGACAAGCCUAACUACAAGCAUUAUCAUGAGCAAUUAUUGAAACUGGUUAAGAUUGGAGGUGUGAUUGCUUAUGAUAACACACUGUGGUUUGGCUUGGUUGCAAAAGAAGAAGACGAGGUGCCAGAGCAUUUGAGGACUAUCAGGACAGUCAUCAUGGAAUUCAAUAAACUAAUAAGCUCCGAUCCCCGUAUAGAGAUUUCCCAAGUUUCCGUUGGUGAUGGUGUUACACUAUGCAGGCGCCUUUACUGA